UACCUUUCAAAUUGAUUGAUUUCUUUGGUAUUUAUGAGUACAUGAACUUUCAAUUUCAUCAUUUAAUCUAUUGAAAUUGUUCAAUUCUGCAGUUUUUUUUGUUCCUUCUCUUGAUUAUCUCUGUAUAUUUUUGGGUAUUUGUUUUGACUAAACCGUGAUAUGAUUAGUUUCUCAAAAGUCAGCUCCUUUUGCGAAUUCAAAUUAGUUUCUCCUCUUCUUUCCUCUGCUAGUGUUGGUGGUUGAAACAUUUUUUUUUCUUUUCUUUUUGGGUAAAAAUUAAGGAUCUCUUUAAUUGAUCAUUUUUAGACUAUGUACAAGAUGUUCACAUGUCAUUACUAAUAAUUGAUGCUUGAAUUUGCUUGUAAUGUGUACAGAAUUUAUUACAUUUUGUAAAGUUGGACUACUUGGAAGUUGGAAUUGACAAGAAAUGAUUUGUCAAUUGAAACUUUUAUUUAGCUACAUGAAUUAAACCUCGUCUGGGGUUGUAAACUUUAAGAGAACUGAAAGAGAAGGAGAAGGAAUUAAGAGGGAGAAAGAGGAAAUUGAGUAAGGCCAAAAAGAGUUCCAAGAAGGGUGCAAAAGUGACUUCCAUGCAUCUUGAUGUGAGAUAGAAAAGGGAGAUAAUGGAGAUAAAAGAAUCUUUGACAGUUUAAUGAACUCCAAUGUCAUCAUCCCUUUUAACAUUUUUUUGUUUAAGCCUUUAUAUAGACUUAUUUCCUAACCCUAAACCUAUAUGCCUUAUUGCUACAGAAGGGAGGAGCUAUCAAAUGUAUAAGGCACCUAACUUCUAAAAUUGCGUCCCAGCUCCUAUUUUCAUGAAUUUUAUACAAAAAAAAAUCCAAAUAGGAAGACAAUUCUAAAUCUAAAUGACAUGAACUCGUUGUAAUGUUAAGAUACUACUUAAAGCUUGGUUUUCCUAGGACUUCAAAUUGUAGUUCAAAACUUCAUGUUGAAUGCCACAUGGGCUUAUUGUUACCAAUCGUUAGCACACCAUAUGAUUUACGGAGACUAUCUCUGAUUUACAUAGACCAAAAAUGAGUAAGUAGUAAAAUCAGGCCGCAAACUGGCAUGGUAAGAUUUAUGGAACUAUUAACGUUGAAAAAGUUUUGAAUGUAUGGAAAUGGUAGUGAAAUAUAGAAAAUUCUUAUGCGGUCUUUCAAAAGAGAUACAAACAGAAUGAUAAACUGUUAGUGUAAAUAUUAUAACAAACAAUAUUGCUACACUUCCCACAUUUCUAUACCAUAUUAUUCUUACCAUCUUGUCAACACAAUACUGGUUUAAUGGGACCCACGACUUGCGUAUAUCUCCAAUGCAAUGUUGACAGUUAGACUGACACAUCAUAUGGUAAGAUAUGAUGGUAAAAAUAAAUUGUCAUUGUAGCAUUACUCAUAAACAAAUAAUAAUUGGUAUAAUUGCUUUUUUGGAUAUGUUAAAUUUUAUUUUCAAGCUUUGCUAAAUUCAGAAUUUUCUAUUGCACAUUAAGGUACAGUGACAGGUUGCACAAUUAUUGAAUUUGUGGAGAUGUUAAAAUUAUAUAGUACUCCUUUUAUUUCAUUUUAAAAUUUAAAAUUAUAAUGUAUUCUUUGGAUUGAAUUUGGUAGCAUCAAUAUCAGCACCAUCAAGUAAUGCUUCUAACUGUUGUCAUAUUUUAUCAGAUUUUUGUUUCUGCAGUUAUUUGGACACAGAAAGUAUUUUCCAUUUAUACUCUGGGUUUUCAACAUAUAUGUUCUUAUAUGUAACUAUGUCUAUGAGGGGUAUCGGUGGUCCAGUUUUGGGUGAGUUAUAUUAUGUUCAUGACUAGUUGCUUUGAUUCUUGUGAGAUAUAUCAAUCCUCUAUUAUACGCUAUAUCAGUAUUUCUACUCAUGAUUUUAUUAUCCUCUUGUGGACAGGCGACAUUAGGCUUAUUUGGACAACUUUCGUGGUGCCUUUAGAUGGCAUAAUUGCUUUAACUUUGUUGAAUUUUGCAACCAUUUUUAGAGUAAAAGAGUAGAGGGAUAUGGCUAUGCUGUUGGCAUCAUCACCCUUGUUUUCGGCUCCAAUCUUACUUAGAAGGCAGCUCAACCAUCACCACCCUCACUUGUUUUCAACUUUUGCUUCUCCUCAGCUUCCCUUUUCUUUAUUGUCCAGAGAAUCUGCAAUUUCAAAUCCUCGCUUGCCCUCGUUAUGUUUUAUAAAAUCUACGGCUUGUAAAGUAUCUUGCAGCCCAGUGGAAAUUGAAGAUGGUAUAAAUGACGAGGCUUGUGAGCUAGUCAAUGGAGUUGAGAUUUCGAUAGGGGAGGGAGAUGACAGUAUCCUUGCUUAUCGUUUCACGGUAGUGAAGAACAACAAUGUAACCGGCAUCUUGCUCUUGUCCGAUAUCUUAGGAUUUGAGGAUUCAUCCACUAGAGAUUUUGCAUAUUGUGUUGCCUGCAACGGUUACAAUGUACUAGUAUCGGACUUGUUUCGUGGGGAUCCAUGGGCAAAGGACAGACCGAAGACUUUAUUUGAAGAAUGGUUGGCACAACAAACCCCGGAAAGGAUUGCAAAAGACAUUUCAACCUCUAAAAAAUGGAUGAUGGAUGAGUUUGUAGCUGUAGGAAUCUCAAAGAAGCUUGGUAUCAUCGGAUUCUGCUUUGGAGGUGGCCGAGUAAUAAAUGCGCUCGCCCAGGACGGGGGUGCCUGUUUUGGCAUUGGGGUUUCAUUCUAUGGCACAAGAAUUGACCCAUCUGUCGUUGCUAAUAUAGAGGUGCCUGUAUUGUUCAUUGCGGGUGACAAUGAUCCGAGUUGUCCGGUCAGUGCCUCAGUAUAUGAUUUUUUGAAUGUGAAUUUUGAUGUAGAUGUGGAUGUAUUGUAUUUUAGAAAAUAUUAAUAAUUUGUACAGGGAAUGAAUUAAUAGAUGUGGAUGUAGAUGCGGAUGUAUUGUAUUUUGAUGUAGAUGUGAAUUUUAUUUUUACAGAUGGUUUUUGGCGUGGAAAAGUGGAUAUUCUUUAUUUUUGUGCAGAGGACAUUGUUUUUUUUAGAGGCAUUUACAUACAAGUCCCAUUUUGUGAA